AUGUCUCGUUGCCUGCCCCGCAGCUCCGCCGCUCAAGCGGAGCUUGAUGCCAGCCCUUUGUUUGAUGCCGCUGGCGCUGCGCCGAUGCUUUUCCCAAUGUACACAGUUGCCGCGGAGGUUCUGCUGGAGAUGACGGAGAUCCGUCCACAUGAGGAGCUCAAGGUCCGGGGCGACCUCGUCAUUUUCGACAUCGACAAAGGGAACGCUCUUUUUGUUUCACAUCAGUGGGUUGCUGAGCAACACCCAGAUCCCGAAUUCAGGCAGAUGAGCAUUUUGCAGAAUGCUUUACGACAUCUCAUGACAAGCUCAAGCUUUGUGCCCCUGGACCAGAUAACAGAGUCACUCGUGCUCCGGGCUAAGCCCCUUUCGAUGCGCGUGUUUCAGUCUAGCCCCUUAUUCAUCUGGUACGAUUAUUUUUCAUGCCCGCAGCUGGAGAUUCGUGACGUUCGCACCAUGGACUGCUCGGACGGCAGCCAGCAGGACGACUGCAUCAACAGCAUUGCAGCCUAUGUGGAGACGUGUCGGUUUUUUCUUGCCCUUUGUCCCGUUAUUGACAGUCCCACGGAAGACAAAGUCUUCAGUGCCAGAACAUGGAGCUGUCGCGGUUGGUGCAGAAUGGAAAGAGCCGCGCGAGAAUUGUCCAUGCACGACACCUGGAUCCUGGUUCAAAGUUCCGCGUCCAUCGAGCUGGUCGGCACGGCUAUGUCUUUUCCCAGCGCCUCUGUUGGGGAGGGCGAGUUCACUGUAGCAGCUGAUCGAGACAAACUUGCGCCAUUAGUGCAGCAACUGUUGAAGAGAAAGCUGCUGUUGUGCCUGCAGAAGCGGGAGCUACCUGCAUACCGCCGUUUGCUAAACCUACAAGCAGUGCACCUGCGGGGGUUGGCGGCCGAGCCCAUACGAGAUCUCGUGCCUGGAUUUCCUGCACGUGCUAUGGGUGGCCACAGCGCGGCAGCGGAAUCCUUCCUCCACCAGAACAUGCUGACGACGGUGAGCGGUGCUGACAAUGCGGGGUGGCGGCCGCUGCACUACGCAGCACUGUCUGGAAACGUGGAUGUGGUAGAAGGGCUGCUUCGGCGUCGGGCCAAUCCAAACCAGCGAACCUCGAAAGAU